AUGAAAUACAGUAAAGCAUUAACUUUUAUUUUCAAUUGUUGCUUGUUUUUUAUUUCAAGUUUAGCAGUUGAUCAUAAAAGCUUUAAAACAUGUGAUCAAUCUUCAUUUUGUAAACGUAAUAGAUAUUUAGCAGAUGAAGGGACUCCAAAAGAUAAAUAUAUAUUUGAUAAUUCAAAGUUAGUAUUGAAAGAUGGAAUUCUUGAGGCAGUUGUUUUAAAAAUUCUGGAAAUUAACAAACAAACUAUUCAUCUUCCAAUUUCUAUUUCAUUUUUAAAAACAGGAGUUAUAAGAGUUAAAAUAGAUGAGUUGCAGCGUCAAACAGGGAACAUCGAUAUUACUAAUGACGCUAAAGUUCGUAAAGAAAGAUAUAAUGAAACAGAAAAGUGGACUAUUAUUUCUAGUCUUGAGUAUGACAAAACAAUUCAAAAUUAUGUAGAAGAACCGGGAAUGACAAUAGUAAAUUAUGGUCCAGACAAUAUAUAUGAAAUGAGAAUAACUCAUGAUCCAUUUAAAAUUAGUUUUUAUAAAGAUAAAAAUUUAGAAAUUCUAUUUAAUGAAUAUGGAUAUUUAAAUUUUGAGCAUUGGCGUCCUAAACCACUUGUAAAUGAAAAAUCAGAGAAUUCACAUGAAUUCAAUAUGUGGGAAGAAUCAUUUAAUGGAAUACAUGAUACUAAACCUUUAGGCCCAGAAUCUGUUGCUUUAGAUAUUACAUUUGUAGAUUAUAAACAUGUUUAUGGUAUUCCGGAACAUUCAUCUAGUUUUUCUUUAAAAGAAACACGAGGCGAGAAUAAAAGCUAUAAUGAACCGUACCGAUUAUACAAUACAGACGUUUUUGAAUAUGAAUUUGAUAGCCCAGCUUCAUUAUAUGGAAGUAUUCCUUUCAUGUAUGCACAUAAGAAAAAUUCAAGUGUUUCUAUUUUUUGGAUGAAUCCUGCAGAUACUUGGAUUGAUAUUGAAAAAAAAAAGUACAAUGCCCAAGAUUCUAUUAAUAUGUCAACUAAGACUCAUUGGAUUUCAGAAACUGGAUUGAUAGAUAUUUUUGUCUUUUUAGGCCCGGAUCAUAAUUCUAUUUUUAAACACUAUGGGGAAUUGGUUGGAUAUACUAUCCUGCCAAAUAUAUUUUCGUUAGGAUACCAUCAAUCUCGCUGGAAUUAUUUAGGUGAAGAAGAUGUUUUUUACAUUGAUAAUCGUUUUGAUGAAUAUGAUAUACCAUAUGAUGCUUUGUGGCUUGAUAUAGAAUACACUGAUGGAAAAGCUUAUUUUAUUUGGGAUAAAGAUUAUUUUCCUUCUCCUACUAAAAUAUUAAAAAAGCUUGAUUCUAAAAAAAGACAGCUUAUAAUAAUUGUAAAUCCACAUAUUAAGAAAGACGAAGAAUAUUAUGCUUAUAAAGAAAUGAAGGAUAGGGAACUUUUUGUAAAAACUUCGAAAGGAGAUGUUUAUGAAGGUAAUUGUUGGCCAGGAAGUUCUAUAUGGAUAGAUGUUAUAUCAGAAAAAGGGGCUGAAUGGUGGUCUGAUAAAUUUCAGUACGAAGUUUUAAAUUUUUCAUUUUCAAAUCUACACAUUUGGAAUGAUAUGAACGAACCAUCUGUAUUUAAUGGGCCUGAAUAUACGAUACAUAAAGAUGCUAUACAUUCUGGAGGCUGGGAAAAUAGAGCUCUUCAUAAUUUGUAUGGUUUUGUUGUACAAUAUUAUACCUAUUCUGGACUCUUGAGAAAAUCUAAUAAAAAAGUGCGUCCAUUUAUUUUAUCAAGGUCAUUCUGGGCUAGUACUCCUCGUAUAGGUGCUAUUUGGAUUGGUGAUAAUGAUUCAUCAUGGGAACAUUUGCGUGCUUCAAUACCUGAAGUAUUGUCUUUAAACAUUGCUGGAUUAUCGUUUUCUGGAGCUGAUGUUGGUGGUUUUUUUGGAAAUCCUUCUAAUGAAUUGUUGACCCGUUGGUAUCAAGCUGGAAUCUUUUAUCCUUUUUUUAGAGGACAUUCUCAUAUUGAUACUCGGAGACGUGAGCCCUGGACUAUUCCUAGUUCUUAUACAUCAAUUAUACGUAAUAGCAUACUUAUAAGAUAUCAACUUCUUCCAACUUGGUAUACAGCUUUUUUUCUUGCAAGUACUACAGGAUUACCAGUAUUACGACCUCAAUUUCUUAAAUUUCCUGAUGACGAAGAUGGUUUUUCAAUUGAUGAUCAAUUUUUUCUGGGCGAUAGUGGUAUUCUUGUUAAACCUGUUACUAGUGAGGGUGCAACUGAAAUAGAUGUAUAUUUUGGAGAUGAUGAGCCCUAUUAUGAUUAUUUUGAUUUUUCUGUACAUAAUGGCAAAGGAUAUAAAACAUUUUCUUGUCCUCUUGAGAAAAUACCAAUGUUUAUACAAGGAGGGAAUAUAGUUGUAAGACGUGAUAGAAUACGUCGCUCAUCCUUAUCAAUGAUGAAUGACCCAUUUACUAUUAUUGUUGCUCUUGAUAAUAAAGGAAAUGCAAAAGGAUCUUUAUAUUUAGAUGACGGGGUAUCUUUUGAUAAUCUUGAUGGAUUUUAUAUAUAUAAAGAAUUUAUAUUUUCUUCAGAUAAUCUUACUUUUGUUUCAUAUGAUCUUUAUAAUUCCAAAAAUUCACAAGAAUAUUCUAAAAGAAUAAAAAAUCUCAGAAUAGAAAAGCUUAUAAUAUUAAAAUCUGAUAAUACUAUAAAAGAAAUAAGUACAGCAAAAGUUAUACAAGGCAAAGAUACAUGGGAAGUAGAAGUUACUGUUACUCGAACAAAUUGUGAAAAAACGCAAAUAAUAUUCAUUAGAGAUCCAAAAUUAUCUAUUACUGAAAAUUGGCAACUUAUACUAUGA